AUGAAGAUUUCCUCUACUGCUGUUGCUCUAACGCUUACUGGAGCUCUCGCAUUGGCACUACCUUAUGGCGUCGACCAAUCCUACUCAGAGACUUAUACUGUCGGUCACAAGCAUAAACGUGCUGUUGCUGUUGAAUACGUGUACCGGACUAUUACGGUUGAUGGGAUGGGUCAUCCAAUAAACGAUAAAUCACCUGAUACGACACCUACUCCAACCGAUUCGCCAUCUCCAAGUCCUCCACCACCAAACAGUCCUUCGCCUCCUUCCCCAAGCCCUCCAGCUCCUUCGCCAAGCCCUCCACCUCCAAAGGAUACUCCUGCAAAGGAUCCUCCAAAGGACACUCCUAAGGAUACUCCAAAGGACACUCCAAAGGACACUCCAAAGGACACUCCUAAGGACACUCCAAAGGAUACUCCAAAGGACACUCCUACUCCAUCUCCUAGCUCCUCACCUGCACCAAAGGCUUCGCCAUCUCCAGAUUCCGACAACAAGCCAUCUGGGGACGAUUCCGGUUUGCAUGGUAUCGAGGGUGACUUGUCUCUCUUUGCCAAACCAAGUGGCGCUUUCGUUGACGGUACUAUCAGAUGUGACCAAUUCCCUGCUGGUCAAGGUGUGAUUCCAAUUGACUGGUUAGACUUUGGUGGAUGGUCUGGUAUUGAAAACCCUGACACUUCUACUGGUGGUAAAUGUCGCGAAGGUAGCUACUGUUCUUACGCUUGUCAAUCUGGUAUGUGCAAGACUCAAUGGCCUGACGACCAACCAGCAGACGGUAGAUCUAGCGGUGGUCUGUUGUGUAAGAAUGGCUACUUGUACCGUACAAACACUAAACACGACUACCUCUGUGAAUGGGGUGUCGACAAAGCUAUUGUUGUCAACCAACUAGAUGAAUCUGUUUCUAUCUGUGGAACUGACUACCCAGGUAGUGAAGAAAUGGUUAUCCCUACUGUCGUCAGACCAGGUGCAACCAAACCACUAACUGUCGUUGACCAAGACAGCUACUACAAGUGGCGUGGAUUGAAGACUUCUGCCCAAUACUACGUCAACGAUCUUGGCGUCCAUUGGUCUGAAGGAUGUCUAUGGAGUAAGCCAGGUUCUGGUGUCGGUAACUGGGCUCCAAUGAACUUUGGUGCUGGUUACGUUGACGGGAUUGCCUACGUUUCUUUGAUUCCAAACCCAAACAACCGUACUCCUCUAAGUUACAAUAUCAAAAUUGUUCCAGCUGAUGAGCACUCUUCCAUCAACGGUGAGUGUUCCUACAGUAAUGGUAAGUACAAUGGUGAUGGUGUUGAUGGUUGUACCGUUGGUGUUACUUCCGGUAAGGCUAAGAUCGUUCUGUACAAGUGA